AUAGUUUGUACGUGAAAAUCGUGCAAAUUUCAUUGUACAUGGUCUUUUGUAUACGAUCGUUUUAUAUUUUAUGAAUGUAUUUUACAGUGAUUUAUAAAACAUUAGUGACAAUCGAAUUACUUUUAUUUAAGCCGGUUAAGUGAAUAAAUUUUAAAAAUUCCACGCGUCAAAGGACCUCAAACUUCAAGACUGCCGUCGGCGGCGGCCCUGAUUGUUCGAAGUAUGAAUCUCUCCGGCGUACGGCUUCGAGAUACGACGCCAUUACAAAAACCGGAUGUGCUCUGUAGAGUUUGCGGCGACAAGGCUUCUGGGAAACAUUAUGGCGUCCAAAGCUGUGAUGGAUGUCGGGGAUUUUUCAAACGAAGUAUCCGUAGAAAUCUAGAGUACGUCUGCAAAGAGAACGGGACGUGUGUGGUCGACGUGGCUCGUCGGAACCAAUGCCAGUCGUGCCGCUUUAAAAAAUGCCUAGAAGUUCAGAUGAACAAAGAUGCUGUUCAACAUGAAAGGGCGCCUCGGUGUUAUCAGUAUAAGAGGGAGGAGCUAGAAGGACAAGAAAGACAUUCCCCUUAUCCAAUGGGUGACUUUCUUGACAGAACAAGAACAGACUUCCGGCAUGUGCAAUACGGACCACAAAUUGGGUUUCAAUCAGAAUUUGGUUAUAACAGCGCACUUCCGCCUGGACGCUACACACCAUUAGAUCAUCGUCAAUCUUGUUUUCGCCCUAUUCCUCAUUCGAUUUCACCUAACGUUACACAAUUCCGCGACACAAUGCCUACUGGAUAUAAUUCAUUACACGGUGUACGGCAGUGUGGCCCCGGUCACUUUACCACCAUCGUAUCACCAGCCGAACAAAACUUUGGGUACCAACAUGAAAUGACCAAUCGACGACCGUAUAAUCUUAAUCUGUUCCAAUCAAUGCCAGCUAGCAAUGCAAAUCUUUUCAACAAAAACAGCUCCAAAGAAGAACCGGUUGGUACCAGUCCUCCACAGAAUAAGAAUGAUUCUACUGAUGAUAUCAAAAUAAACCAGUCUGGUUCGUCGGAGGAAAUGAAUGAAUAUAUAUCAGUUUCUAGAUCCCCUUCGCCUGUGUCAAACGCAGAGGCAAGCCCUAAAUCCAGUGACCGAUCAAUGCCCGAACAAAGUCCGUCUCCAACGUCAACAACAAAAUCUUCAGUGGAGGAGAAUGAUGACGUCAAAUGUGCUAUUUCUCCAGAACAAACCUCGUCCAGUGUGAGUCCUGAUAGGCAUGCAACACCUAAAACACCACGCCAUGACCUAGACGGCUUCUUUCCAAAGUACAUGCCCAGUAAUACUCUGUUCAACAUAUCUAAUUUAGGAAUGUAUUCCGAGAGCAAUUCCAAUAAUCGAGCAGACGUAUCACGUUCCCACAUUGACGUCACAUACGAAACUGCGGCGAAGAUACUCUUCAUGUCAAUAAAAUGGGCGCGCAAUAUCCCGUCAUUCCUCGCACUUCCGUUCCGGGAUCAAGCCAUUUUAUUGGAGGAAUCGUGGUGUGAGCUAUUUAUCUUAAGUGCUGCGCAGUGGUCCAUGUCGCUAGAUACAAGUUCUUUGAUGUCUGCUAUUGGGGUUUCAACAACGGACCAAUCAGAACGUGCGACAGUGUUGUAUUCUCAAAUACGAAUGUUGCAAGAAAUCAUUCUGAGAUUUGCCGCCAUGCGUAUUGACUCAACGGAAUAUGCUUGUCUUAAAGCACUUGUCCUUUUCAAAUCAGAAAUCAAAGGGUUACGUGACUACCUUCAGGUAGAGCUUCUACAGGAUCAAGCCCAGGUUAUGCUAACUGAAUACUGUUUCUCCAACCAUCCAGCUAACAAGCUCAGGUUUGGAAAGCUCCUGCUACAAUUGUCUAGUUUGAAAGCAGUCGGUCCGAGGUCUAUAGAAGAAGUUUUCUUUCGACGAACCAUAGGGAAUAUUCCGAUCGAGCGUCUUCUUUGUGACAUGUUUAAAUCAAGUUAAAACGAUUGCUCAGCGCUUCCAGGAUACACAAGUCUGUCAAAUUAACUAUUAACCUGCGGGCGACAACUGAUUCUACAAGUGGCUAGUGCUGACCAAGGUCAUGGUCGGUACUGCUUGCUAUUGAGUCUGUAAACAUCCUGGAAAAUUUCCCUAAAAUGAUGAAUGGUUUUGUCCAGACUGAAAGUUGGACAAGUUCAUUCAAAACAUUUGGUGCAAUUAUGGUUCAAGAACAAUUUCCCUGAUAAUGAUCACCAAACGUUGAAUUGAAAUAUACGGGUAACAAAAUAACAGGGAAUCUGAACAAUAUUCAAUUCACUUGUAAUUUUUUUAAAUGGAUCUUUUCACCU